UUUACUCUACGGCCAACAGCGCCCAAGUGUGGCUGAGAUGGCGAACUUUGUUGUUGUGGCAUAAAAGAAGCUAGAGUGUUGGAGAUAAAAGAAAACUCACGAGAAAAGCAGUCAGCGUAGUUCAGGUUUGGCGUAGCGAAUUCGUGUCUUUCCAAUCCUUACAUCGUUCGCUAUCGAAACCACGCAGAGAUCGACAACUUACCUCGGUUGCUUCCUCGUAAGUGCCAGCCUUUGCAGUACAGUGGCUAGAAUGAGAUGUAGUUGGCGACAAUCGGAAGCAAACACGAACGCAAUAUCUUUGUUACACCGUUCUGGUUUGGGUGGUUUCAUUGCCACCAUUACUGCUGCGAGACACAAACAGCACCAACAGCAUCAGCACCACCAGCAACAGCAGUGACGUCUAGUGUGAAUUUUUUCCUUUAACAUACACAACGCAAUCUCAGGCAUUAUCUUCGAGGCAGCAAUGGCCGAAAUCCGUGCAAUGGAACAUCCUACCCUGAAGGUACCGUAUGAAAUUUUGAACAAACGCUUCCGAAUCGCUCAAAAGACAUUGGAUCGCGAAUUGAGCCAGAUACAGAAUGUGGCGUCCGAGCUGGAGAAGGAACUGACGGAGGGAUCCGACAGUACGGAAAUAUCGCGUCUUCUGGGCGGGGUAGUCGAAAGGCUGCAGGUGCUGAAGCGCAAGGCCGAGGAAAGUAUCUCCGAGGAGCUGUCGGCCGGGUUCGUCUGCAAACGGCGGCUGGAGCAUCUGAAGCAGAACGUCAAUCCGCCAGUCGAUGCCACCACGCUGGAACUGCAGGCAGCUGCCACGAACCAGUGGAAGAAGAUCCGGCUGGACCGCAUGAUCGUGGAGCAUUUCCUGCGCCUGGGAUACUACGACACCGCGGAACGAUUGGCUGAGCGCAGCGGAAUCCGCGAUCUGACCAACCUGGACAUCUUCCAGGUGACACGCGAAGUGGAGCGCGAUCUGGUGAACCGUUGUACGGUGAAGUGCAUCGCCUGGUGCAAUGACAACAAGUCGAAGCUGAAGAAGAUAAACUCCACGAUCGAGUUCCAGCUGCGCGUGCAAGAGUUCGUCGAGCUGAUCCGCGACGAUAAGCGACUGCUGGCGGUGCGCCAUGCACAGAAGUACUUCCCGGCGUUUGAGCACGAGCAGCUGAAGGAGAUACGCCAGUGUAUGGCACUGCUGGCCUUCCCGGUGAGCACGGAGAUCGAACCGUACAAAACGCUGUUCGAUCCGCAGCGCUGGCACGAUCUGGUGCUACACUUCCGGCUGGAAAACUAUCGGCUGUUUCAGCUGCCGGCCCAGUCGGUACUGAGUGUGGCCGUACAGGCGGGCAUUUCAGCACUGAAAACGCCCCAAUGCUAUUCGCACACAUCCAAAAACAUGAACUGCCCGGUAUGCCAGGAGAAUGUGAACGAGAUAGCGGAGAAUUUGCCGUUCUCGCACUGUGCCCAGAGUCGGCUGAUUUGCAGAAUUACUGGCAAACCGUUGAAUGAACACAACCUGCCGAUGAUGCUACCAAAUGGACAGAUCUUUGGUCAGCAAGCGAUCGAGCAGAUGCGUCGCGAGAACGACGUACUUGUCUGCCCCAAAACAAACGAAACGUUCCGUUCGCCAAAGAUUGAAAAGGUGUUCGUGAUGUAGUAGCAUCACCGGUACAUCCUCCGAUCGAGCAGCAUAUAUAACAGGGCUGCUGGAAGAUCAACAUCAAUCUGCAGCAAGAACGUUAAUAUGCUACGUAAGCGAGUUUCUUCACAGUCCGUUUGGGCUUAUUUUCCUCUUCUUUUAAUACGAAUUAUUUAGAGUUAGUUAUGCAUCGGACGGAUGAGUACGGUCCUACGAUAUUCUUUUAUCUUGAAUUGUUAUGAUUUUUUAAUUCGCCCCUUGUUCAUGAAAUUAUCCCCCAACAAUAGCAACCAGGCAAACGACAUGAUCGAUUAACGAAUGCACUAGAAGCCUAGUCGAACCAAAAACAUGAUAAUCUUACCUUUUAAAUGCGUUUAUUGAUUUCAUUCUCUGCGUUUCUGCGAGAAUCACAAUAUGGUCUCUUUUUUAUUAUUAAUUUGUUAUGUUGCAUGUUCGAUGCUCUUGGUUUGAGAAGAAAAGAGAACUACCACAAAACAACACCCGCUCGCUAGCAUAUGAAUGCAGUCGAUUAUCGCACCAUUGUUUUGUUUGUUUUUUUCGAUUCCUUUUUUAUAACAUUAAUAAUAUUAAGCAAAAAAAAAUGUGUGAUCAUCUCUCAGCUACGAUUAAGAACAUUAAUUUCCCACACUUGCUCGGAAAAUGUGUACAUUCGAACCAUAUAUUCGACAUCUGAUAGCUCUAAGACUCUGCAUAAACAAGCCGCCAACAAAUCCACCAUCAGAUAUAUCGAUAAGGGUAAAAGGUAUAUGACGUCAGACCUAAUUUAUGACCCAACCUUACAAGAUUACUCUCCGGCUUCGAGAUGCGAUUGUACAAGGUGAAAAAGGCGAAGGAAAUACCAUGAAGGAAACACCCGAAUAGGAUAGGAGAGCACAGAAAAUGACGAGAAUGUUCAAAAGAAUCAGAAAUAUCGAACUUAGCGAUAUCGCUACGCCCAGAAGCAAUUUUGCCAAGGUAUCGAUGCUAUAGGUUGGUCUGCUUUGUUCGGGAGCAGAAAAGAAGAUGAGUCAAAAACACGCAAUAAGAUAUAAUUUUGCAUGCGAUAGUAUGUUAUUGAUAAGAAGUUUAGAAUUGCGGUGCAAUGCCCGAUAAUUAUCGCGAUUAAGAGUGACACGAAAGGUUUGCUAUAUGAUUUUCAAUAAAAAUUAUGAAAAAAAUGAUUGCAUGAUUGCAACGGGACAA